UGAUGCAGCGCAAUGAAAAAUCGGUGCUAUUUAAGAUAAAUAUUCCCAUUGUUUAAGUAUUGUUGCUGGCGACGUGUACUUUGGACGAGGACGAGAGCUCAUCUUUUAGUUUAGGUGCAGCUGCUUGCGCCCGUAUUGCUGUGACACCAGUGGAGCUGCGCUCACGGAUUGGUGAAAGUAGACACAGAAAGCGAGAGCUCCCUCCUCAAGCUAGACGGAAAAAGGCAAAAGAAGAUGUAUCAGAUCCCUGUAGGAAAUUUGGACAGAAUAAGACGAUCAAGGAAGAAAGUAAAACACAUUUUGUCAGAAAUUGGACUUGAGAAUUGUAAAGACUUGCUUGGGGAUCUAGAAAGCUUUGAUGCUGGCGAAAAAACAUUUCAUAAUACAGACUGGGCAGAUUUUACGGAAGGUCACAAUGGGAAAAGGAGAAAAAAGUGGAGAUAUCGCACACAGACUUUGUGCUGCAGUCUGUGCAAGUUUUCAGCUCGGUCCUGGCACACCUACAAAAGCCAUGUCCUACGGUGUCAUGAGGAGGAGCAGGAACUGAGCUUGCUGUCGGUCUGUUCCUGCUGCUCAUUCGUCGCUCACCCCAGGCUCAUUUCUAGACAUUUCAGAAUUUUCCACGGUGGGCUUCCAAAGGCCUCGGGAUUUGCUGCACCGCCCCUCAUGUCCCAGACCCCAGUUGGACCAUUACCCCCUGCCGCCAAUUCGACAGAGAGGUACUCUUGUCGAAGAUGCUCCUACCAUGACACGCUCAUUUACUGCAUGAAGAAACAUGUCUUGGUGACCCACUAUGUAUCCCUACUGAACCAUUACUUUGGGCAGCGGGCGGACAUUGACCAACGGGCUAAGGGCCUAAACUCGUUUAGGUUCUACUGCAAGAUGUGCUUCCUUGCGGCUGAGAACUCUGAGCAUCUGCUCUACCACAUCCUGUCCUCUGACAAGCACAAAGAGGUGGACGCACACAUCAACGGCUUGAUAUAUGAACACGGCAAAGUCACCAAGAAGUACCUUCCCAAUCUGGCGCCCAAGACAGUGCAAUCGCAUGUUUAUAACAGUCCCUUGAUUUCCAGGAAUGGUGACCAACAGCCAGGAAAACCGUUGUCUCUGCAGCGGCCUGAUGCAAGUCCAGUGUCUGGAGGCCCCCUGUCUGCAACAUUGCUGCAUGGAAGCCCACACAACACAGCCGCUCUGUGUACCUCGGGGUCCAGCCAGACCUUCCUCCCAGCACAGGCCUCAGCUCUAGUGCAGUUAGCCAGUGCAGAGGCCAAGGGCCGGUUGAGGCCUAGUUCAGCAGUUGCAGCUCUUCACAACACGCAGCCUCCCAGGGGGAUCUCAGCCACCCUGCCCACUUCUGGGGGCUUAGCCACACCAAUGAUUCAGGCCCCAACGGGCACGGCCCUGGCGAACGUCUCUCAUAACCCCCCUAAACCACCGCCGAUUGCUGCUGGACUACCCACACAGCCGCCGCUGCAGCAACAGCCUCAUUUGCAGCUGCAGCAGCAGCCCCAUUUGCAGCAGCAGCUGCAGCAGCAACCUCAGCAGCCACGACAGGUCUUCUUGCCACCUGGUGUUCAGGUCAAUGUCCCGGGCAAUUUGGGUCUGCGAGGGCCAACUGCUCAGCCCCUUCUCCUAAAUCCGAGGCUCCCUCUGAGCCAGCCUGCCCCACGUGGCACCAUGAUGACCUCACAAUCUCUUCUUAGUCAUCUGAUUCCAACAGGAAACAAGGUCAACGGCCUGCCAACCUAUACCCUGGCACCCCUUCAGGUCGGCAUGCAAGUCCCGACGAGCAGCCUCCCAGUGGUCAGCAAAGGACCUGUACCUGCAGCCCAGGUCAACACCACUGCUUUAACGCAGACAAGCAAACCAACAGGUGUCUCUGUGACAGACCCUCCCACAGCUUCCAAACAAGCCAAAAAGUGGAUAACUUGCCCAGUGUGUAAUGAACUCUUUCCUUCCGAUGUGUACCAGGUACACACAGAGGUGGCUCACAAAGUGCCCACCAAAGCAGCCAGGCAGAAGGGCCUGGCAGCCCGGGCACCAUUCCUAAAGAAGAUGCCAGAUAAAACUGUUAAAUGCCUAAUGUGCAAGGUUCUGCUGUCGGAAAAAGGACUAUUUGAGCAUCUACUGCAUGGCUUGAACUGUUUGUAUUGUCAAGGAAUUUUCUACUCAAUCAAACAGCUCAUGGAGCACACAAGCACUGAGCACAGUUCUUUGAAGAAAGCCAACUGCGACUUUAUGAGACGGGAGUACCGGCUGUACUCUGACGAUUAUGGCAAUCUCUUAUUCCCGUAUUUCGACAUCAACACAACGGUCCCUAAAGAGCUAAUUGGAGACAAGGAGCUUAACUUUGCUCUGGUCACAAGCUCUCUGGACCUGAUCUUCUUGAAGAUGUUUCCAGGCUCUGCCGAGUCUGUGUCUAGGCCAUCCAUCACUAAAACUGGCAUUACGGUCUGCCCUUUUUGUCCUGAGAAACUCCAUGGUGUGGAGAGUUACAACAUGCAUCUGAAGGAAAAGCAUUACAUCAUACCCACCAUCCAUGCCAUUUUAAAGACCCCGGCAUUCAAGUGCAUAUACUGCAGUGGAGUCUACACCGGGAAGAUCACACCCAAAGCUAUCUCCAUCCAUGUGCAGCGCUGUCGGUGCAGACCCACCAAAAAUGCUGAGAAGGUGAUAAACCCAGACCCCAAUGGCCAGUCAGUACCUGCUGUAAACAGGGAUGAACAGAGACCGCCCCUGUUCCCGCCUACCAAGCAGGCUCCUCCACCAGCGCCUGCCCACAAGACUGCUAGGGAAGAAGCUGAGCUGCACAGCAAACAGAGGCUGGAGAUAGCAGUGAGGGAGGCAGUGGAGGCCAAUAAGAGGGAAAGGGAGGCCAGGACAGUAAAGCGAAGGAAGGUAGAAGUGCCGAAGAGCACCACGCAUCCUGCCGUCCAGACUCCGGUGCAGCACGACCCACCCGUGUCACUCCUAUUGGACCCCACGGGAAUGGAGAUGCGGUCUUUUGAGGAACGCAGGGGAUUCGUCACUGACUACUUCCACAAGAAGCCCUACCUGAGCAAGAAGGAGUGUGAAGUACUAGCCAACCGCCUCUGGCUUAACAAGAUUGAUGUAUCAUGCCACUUUGCCAUCAAGCGCAACAAGUGUCUGAGAGCCAUCCAGAGAAAUAGAACUGCGGUACUGCUGGGUUUUAACAUGGCCGAGUUGAAGAAGGUUAAGCAUGACCUUUUAAUUCCUGAGACUGAAUCGGAAAAAACAGCUGCUUAAAUAGUUCCAGUCCAGUAUAUACGUUUUUUUUGUACUUUGUGUGUACCGCAGGCAAGUUGCAUUCUGCAGCAGUCCGACCACAUUUUCCAGGUCUGGAUUUUUUUGUAAUGAAUGAACUACAAGAAGCAUUUGUUGACUGCUGGACUAUUUAAAAGCUGCUCAGAAUUUUGUUGAUUUAACAGUAGUAUUUCCGUACAGAUAUGGAGUAUGUUGUCCUAGUAUCUUCUCAUACUGACUGUACUGUUGGGAAAAAAAAAAAUACUGUGUUUAGAAACAAAAUAUCAACAGUGGUAUGUAUUCUUCCAGUACACCUGUAAGUGUUGAACAUGCAAUCUGUUAACUUUGAAUUAAUUUCCUUUUUAAGCAAUAACCUUUGAAAAUGUCAUGUAAUUAAGGUUACGGUAUGUUCAUCGGAAAUAAUUUCAUUGCCAUUGAAUUUAGUUUGCUUGAUCACACUUCAAAAAUUCCUAUAAGGCUUAUUUAAGUUUGUCCUUCCAGAGUCUGUACAAGUAAGUUUAAUUUCAUAAAUAAUUUCUUAAUUUUCAA